ACAUCGUUUACUAAGAAUGUGAAACUCCAACGAAUUCUAUCAUGUGUUGAUAUUACAAGGAUAUUGUUAUUUGAAGAAGUUCGAGGUGCUAUUAUACGCGUGCUACUUGUUUGGGACCCGUUUGUCACCCAGCUCGACUUCUUCGAUUAUUCGAUUUUACUAUUUCAAUGAAAAAUAUAAUAUUAUAAGUCAUUUGAUCAUUUCAUGUAUGAACUUGACAAAUCUGUUGUACAAUCAUAUAGUAGUGGUAUCUCUGCUAAACUUUAAUGAUCAACACACGUGAGGUGAAAAAUUUACAAAGCAGAAGCCAUGGAUCUCCUGGUGCAAGGGACGUGUAUUGUGUAUUAUCUCUCGAUCAAGAAGAAAUAUUUAGAACAACAACAAUGGAAAGAACUCUCAAUCCAUUUUUUGGAGAAGAAUUUCAAUUUGAAGUACCUAGAAAAUUUCGUUAUCUUGGCAUUUAUGUUUAUGAUCGUGAUAGACAUUUAAAGCAAGAUAAAAUUUUGGGUAAGGUAGCAAUAAAAAGAGAAGAUUUAGCAACGUAUCAUAAUAAGGAACAUUGGUUUCCCUUGAGACUAGUUGAUGCUGAUUCUGAAGUGCAAGGUAAAGCACAUUUGGAACUUGCCCUUCAACCUCAAAUUGGAUACGCUCAACCUAAACUUACAGUAAGGAUAAUAGAAUGUAGUGAAUUAACUGUUAAAAAUAGUGGUUGUGAUCCAUUUGCAACUGUUACGGUUAACUAUAGUAAUGGUAAACAAGUAUUAAAACGCACAAAAAUUAAAAAAAAAACGAUAUCUCCAUACUUUAAUGAAACAUUUGUUUUUGAGCCAGAAAUAACAGAAUCCAAAGAGAAGGAUAUUUCUCAUUAUCCUCUUGAACGUGGAGAAGUGGGUGAGGUUGUCGUAGGUUUAUGGCAUGCAUCUUCUGGUAUGGGAGAGCAACCAGCUUUUCUUGGUGAAGUUAGAGUUACUUUAAAAGGAUUACAAAAGCAGCCGACUAAUACAACAACUGCAUGGUACUUCUUACAACCGCGACAAGUAAAACAUCGCCCAAAUAAAAUUUCGAACAGUUCUACAUCACCUGGUGCAGUUCCAGGCUUGGGAUCUCUGCGGUUAAAAAUACAUUAUACAGCAGACCAUGUUUUUCAAUCAGCGAUGUAUGAUAUAUUAAGGAAUUUGCUGUUACAAAGUGUCAAUAUUCAACCAAUAACAUCGUCCGCUGUUUAUAUUUUGGGAGAAAUUGUGGCAAGUAAAAUGGAAGCUGCUCAACCAUUGGUUAGGGUAUUGGUACACUAUGGACAAUUGGUUUCUGUAAUGAGAGCUUUAGCUAGUCAUGAAAUUUCUAAAUUAACUGACCCAACAACAAUAUUUCGUGGUAAUACGUUAGUAAGUAAAAUGAUGGAUGAAGGUAUGAGAUUAGCAGGUCUUCACUAUUUACAUAGUACACUUAGACCAGCUAUGGAACAAGUAUUCUUAGAAAAAAAGACAUGCGAAAUAGAUCCAACAAGAGUAAAGGAUGCAAAUACAAUUCAAACCAAUUUAGCGAAUUUAAAGGAAUAUGUUGAGAGGGUAUUUACUGCUAUUACAACAUCUGGUGUACGAUGUCCACCAUUAAUGUGCGAAAUGUUCUGGUGUUUAAGAGAACUUGCAGCGACACAUUUCCCAAAAAAUAAGGAAGUAAGAUAUUCAGUCAUCAGUGGAUUUAUUUUUUUACGAUUUUUUGCACCUGCAAUAUUGGGUCCAAGAUUAUUUGAUAUUACUACUGAACAAAUUGAUUCUCAAACUAAUAGAACGUUAACAUUAAUUUCUAAAACAAUUCAGAGUCUAGGAAACUUAGUAAGUUGUAGAGGUGGAGCUGGUAGCGUUUGUAAAGAAGAAUAUAUGGAAUGCGUGUAUAGAGAAUUUUACACAGAAAGACAUAUACAAGCAGUUAAGCAAUUUUUAGAAUUAAUAUCAACUAGUAGCAACAGUGGUAUUGCAAAACAACGAACAAGCACUCAGCAAGAACAACCAAUCGUAUUGAAAGAAGGAAUAUAUUUUCUCUUCAUGCAUACUGCUGAUUGUAAGAAGAGAGUAAUGAUUAAGAGGGCACAAGGUAGAAAACGAUUUGGUCGGAAAAAUUUUAAACAAAGAUACUUUAGGCUUACUACACAGGAUCUAACCUAUUCAAAAACGAAAGGUAAAGAACCUUUAUGUAAAAUACCACUUGAAGAAAUAUUAGCUGUUGAAAAACUUCAAGAAGAUUCUUUUAAGAUGAAAAACAUGUUUCAAAUUAUUCAAUCACAAAGGGCAUUAUAUGUUCAAGCAGGAAAUUGCGUAGAAGAAAAAGAAUGGAUUGAUAUUUUAACAAAAAUUUGUCGUACAAACAGCAAUCGAUUAGAAAAAUAUCAUCCAAGUGCAUAUAUUAAUGGUCAUUGGCUUUGUUGUAAAGCAGUAGCAGAAACUGCUCUAGGAUGCAGCGAAGUAUCACCAGGAAUGGAAGCUGGAUUGCGUAUGGUUCUAGAUCCAGAUAGAGAUUUGCAGCGAAUACAUUCUUUAAUAUUUACGAAUAUGCCGCGACUUGAAACUUUAAUGAAUGCGUGUGAAUGUCAAGCUGUUUAUGGGGCUAAUGACAUGUGUAUUUUACCAGGAGGUGGGUCUCCUAUAGAAGAUGUGCCCUCUUGUUUUAAAACUUUAACUGCAUUAAGAGAAGCUGCAUAUGCUUUACAGCACGAGCAUAGAGCCUACUUUAGAAGAUUGGCGCGCGAUACUAAAUAUGGAAGCAAGCAAGCUCCAAUUGGUGAUGAUAAUUACCUUCAUUUAGCUGCUAGAGCUGGAUUUGAAAGUCAAUUAACAAAACGUGCUUAUGAAAUAGACAGUUUAAAUCAACACUAUGUAGAAACAGAUCACUGCUAUGACAGCGGAUUUUCCAGACGAAUAGAGGAUCAACGAUCAUACGAUGAAACAUUUAGAAAACGUCUAGAUUCUGGCUCGAUACAUCGUAGGUAUGAGAACGAAAAUAAUUUAGUACGACGAUAUGAAAGCACUACUGAUACUAUUAGAAGUAUCCAAAAUGAUCUCAACACAUUUGAUCAUAGUUUAAAUAAUACAUUUAGGACAGAUAAUUCUGAAAAAAAUGUAAAUUUAGAAAACAAUAGAAUUUUAGAUAGUUCCAGUUUUUUAGCAACAGAUGGAAUUACUAUUUCUAAUACAUUAUCAAGAAAGUUUAAUAGCUAUGACCAUACCAAAAUAUUAAAGGAAUGCACAAUAACAAAGUUCAAAGGUGACAAACCUGAUAUAUCUUGUAAUUCUUUGAAUGAGCAUACUAAUUAAUUCAUUUAAAUUUUGAAGAUGAAAACAUGUUCCUAUAAAGUUUUCUAAGAUAUUGUCUCAUAUGUUCAUGUUAUAUUAAAGGCACACUGUAGUCUUUAAAUUCAUUAAAAUCAUACAAGAUUAUAUUUCUUGCAGUAGUAUACAGUAUAUGGAGUUUAAGUGUAUAUAACAGUAAUCUUCGAGCUGUUAAAUUUUGGAACAGAAAAAUAUUUUAAACUUUCAAUACUUUGAAAAGAUUGAAACGACAUUUAAAUGAAAUGAAAAAUCGUAUCGUUUAGAAAGUUAUUUCUUAUAUAUUAAGUCAAAAUAUAAAUAUUUCAUAAUUAUUUAAAAUUAUUUACAAAAAUAGCUUUAAGCACAAUCGAUAUGGCACGAAAUGUUUGUUAGACAGUAACAUAAGAAGAAAUAAGAUUUUGUACUAUGCAUUGCUUGUUGAAAGGUUAAAUGAAGUUUAAGUGUUUACUAUUGUUCCAAUAUGUUGGGUGAGUCAUUGUUAGAUUUUAAGUUCUUGUUUUGUUUUAAUGACAUGAUAAAAUGAUCUAAAACAAAAAUUAUUCAUAUCUAAAAGUUAUUUUUAUAUAACUGUUCAGAACCAAUAUAUCAAUAUCAAUGACCAAUUUAAAUUAGUUCAAGAUCUCCUAAACUAAAGAUAAAGUCUUCAUUCUAAAUAUAAUAUGUAUAUAACUAUCAAGAUUGUAAAUUAAUUUUAAAAAAUUUGUAUUAUCUAUUUCUUCUUCAAUUUAAAUCUUCUAUUCAAGAUUUUAAUUUAAUUCUCAGAUCCUUGAAUCUCACUUCACUUAUACUCUUUCACCUUUAUAUCUUUCUGUUACUAGAAGUACCUCACAGUACAGACCAAAACUUAUUGAAAUUCUUGCUCAAAAUCAGUGCGAAUAAAAAUAAUCACAGAAUACUGUUGAAAAUUUUAAACAUUAACCAUGUGUUUUUGAAAAAAAUAUUCUGGUCAGCAUUGCAAUUUUAUGAAGAGUCAAAAGAUCUGUUGCUUGUUGUGUAGUUUAACAUGGUAUGUCGCCUGAAUAUGUUUUGUUUAUGUUCUCGAGAAUUUACAUUUAUAUACACUCUAUUUACAUUUUAAAACUAAGUGAAUUUUCCGCUAAGCUAGAAAAAUCUCGUGGCAUUUUCCAUUAAUUCAUUAAAAAAAAAAAAAAAGGGAAAAAUGAGAAUCUCCUCCAAAAACACCAAAGUCAAGUUCUCACCAAAUCACGUCUUUAUUAUUGAUUUCAAAUCUUUUACAUCCUUUUAAAGUACAAACCAAAAUGCCAGCUCUUACUAGUACUUUAUCUUGCAGUAAACGUGUGAUCCAAUAAUUUCUUCUCAAUCAAUCCUCUAGAAAAGGGUUAAGUAUUCCAGUGCAGCUUAUUUGGAUUGCAGUAGACGUACAUGUAAACAAGACAAGAUAUGUUCCAUCCUUAAUGAUAAAUACAUUAGUAAUUAGUACAAAAAAUACAUUUAUGACAUAUAGUUCAAUUAUACAUAGUUUCAAAUAUCGUAUAUAAGCGCAAUUUUACACACAUGUAAUAUUGCUGAAUUUUGAAGUUUAAUUUACAUAAGAAUAACAUCGAGUUUCCAUCAUAUGACAGAAUUUCGACAAUUUCUAAUCUGCAUUAUAUUAAAUUGUAUUAGACAAGAGACUUUCUUAAUUCAAAUUUUAUCUAUUAUAUCAUGUUUAAAUAUUUCGAAGUUACUAACAGUUUCGUUUGCAACAACAUUUUAUUCUGUGAUAAGGAGAGUUUUAACAUAUUGUUGGUUCAAUAUCGUAAUUUAAUAUCAAUAAAAUGUCAAAUAAUUGUAUUAAGUGGGCCAGCUUUUCUCUAGCGUAAAUAAGUAAGAUAGAAAACAAUUACAUAGUUAAUUUUUUGGAAUAUAUUCUUCUUUCAAUGGUGCAAUUUCUUGUUUCUUAUUAAAAUCGUUUUGUUUCCAAACUAUUAAUUUAGGUUACUUUUAUCGUAAAUUAAUCCUGAAUAUUCAAUUGUUUCGUUACAUUAAUGUACUUAUUUACUAAAAAGUCUCCCCAUUUGUGCAUGUUGUAAAAAUAGAUACAGAUGGCGAAUAAUUUGUUAGAUAUUAAUAAAUACAAUUGAAAAUGUCUAACGUUCAUCGUUGAAUGUCUUAUCUCAAUUACUAUAAAUAUUUGCAUUUGCACUAAACAGUGACUGUUGCCAUGAUUAAGCGCGGGUCUGUAUAUUUUAGGACUUCUUAUUUUCAAAUCAAUUCAAAUCCGAUCACUCUGACUUCUUUUUGUAAAGAAUAGACACUGACUAGCUAAUUAACCGUUUUAAUCAAUUACUUUAUUGUUUAUUUAUUUGUAUUAGAUCAAUUAUAAUAAUAUGAUUUACAUUAUUUAAACAAAUCUUCAGCAUUAAACAUCUCUUUUUUUGAUUUUUAAUUAGUACAGGUGAUAUAAGUAAUAUAAAAAUAGUAUAAAUCAAUUGAAGAAGUAAAUAUUUAAUUAUAUCUUAAAGGUUGGCUAUAAUGUAGUAAAACUAUUAGUAUGAAUAAUACAAAACAGUUGAUAUAUUAGCAACAAACGUCAGAGCAGCCUUACUACAACUAUAUCUGGGAAUAAGAAAGAAUAAACUCAGUAGACACGAGUUGAACAUUACAAAUCAAACAGAGCAUAAGCAUAUUCAACUUAUUCUCUACAAAUUAAAUGUUUUUAUUGACAAGUUAAAAGAGGAAUGAUAAAAUGUUCUCCACACCAAUAUAUUCUCUCUCUUUCUCUCCCUCUGUAUUACUUUAUUUUAAAAUAUGCAUUGUUUCGAAUUGAUUGAAACGACUUUUUAAUUGAAAAUAUACAUAUAAUGAAAUAUAAAUAUAAUAUAGAAGAGUAACUUAUGUGAAACUGUACUUAAGUACUGCAUCAAAAUCGCUAGGCGAAUUAAAAUUGAAGCAAUUUUUAAACUAAAUUUAAAACAUAAAUAUAAAAAUAUAAUAUAAAAAUUUUAUUGAUAGGAGUCUAUUUGUGAAAAAUAAUAAAAUUGUUCUGUAAAAACCCAGAAUUUACCUAAUUAUGUCCAAUAUGACUUAUGUAUGAUUAAGUAUUCUCGAGUUUCUCUUACAAGAUACGUCAUUUAAAUGAUAACUAUUAAUUUUUAUAAAUAUUUUGUAUGACAUUGUUCUUUAAAAAAUAUUUAAUACGACACAUUCUAUUUUUUCUGCAGAAAUGAAAAUGUUGUUACAUUCUCUUAUCAAAGAUGAGAACAUUUCUCUGAAUAUCUUGAACUACUGAAUACAGAAAAAUAAUUUAAAAUAUAUCUUUUGAUAAAAAUAUUGAGUGAUAAAAACAGCUUGUUAAAACAUUUUAUUUGUUUGUUUCUCCUUUUUUUCUUAAUUGUAAUUCUUCUUAUAAAUUGUGAAUUCUUGAAUAUAAUUACAAACAAAAAUAUUCAAAUAAAUAUUAGAAUUGUAACAAUAUGCUCGUUAUUUUAUCGAACAUCAUAUGUUAUGUUUUCGUGUGUUUCAAAGUUUUAUGAUAUUUCAGGCAACGAUUCAUGUGAUUUGUAUUUGGAAUUACCUUCUGUAUAUUAAGAAUUGUCAGAGCUACAAAAAUUUAUGCUACUAGUCAUGAUUUUUGAAGUCAUUAAGGACAGUUUAAAGAUUUUAAAUAAUUAUAAUUGUUUACAUCAUUUCUCUUCGUUUGCUGUUCAUUUUAGGUUUGCUAUGAAUACCACAGAUAUAGACAACUUAUGACCAACUUAUGUCCUGAUAGGAGAACUUCUAAUCAUUCUAUUUCUCGCCUAUUUACUAUGCCUACGAGAUUUUUUACUACACUCUAAUAGGUAGCCAAUCAGUGCUCAUGAUAAAUAUCUUUUACUCAUGCUUAUAGUAGUAUUAAAAAUUUAAUUAAAAUCACUGAAUGUCACUUAAAUGAUGUUCAUUGUUAAAAUAAAAUUAUUGUAUGACUUGGUUUCUAGAAUCAUCCUGAAUGCUUAUUUAUUCUUCCUUGAGACUAACAAACGAAAGUUAGUUUUAUUAUCUUAUUAUUUACUCGUUAUAAAAUUUGUAAAAAACUUUAUUUAAUUAAUUCACUAAAAUCAUUUUAUUAAUAUAACUUAAAGAAUGUUAACGUCUGAAGCAUGUGAUGACUACAUUCUUUAAAAUCAUAUUACAUACUCUCUCACAAGAAAGUAACAUUCAACAAAUAUCAAUUCAAUCAUUAAAUUAUUUCCUAAUACUUAUGCACAUAUGUAAAAUGUCAAAUAUACAUUGCAAUCAUAUCAAAAUUAUAUUUUAUACAAUUAUUUUUUUUAUUAAUGAAACAUCUUUCCCUUCAAUACUCUCCAUAUAUAUCUAUAACGUUUCUUUUGUACAAAAUAUAUGCCUCGUUUAUUAUUGAUAAUUAUUAAUUAUUAAUACUUGUAUCUUGAUAUUAUUUUACAAAAUAUUUAAUAUAAAUAGAUUUCCACUUAAUCAGAGAUGUUCAUAAAUUAAGUUUUAGCAUAGGUGAUAUUAUAAACAAAAAAUAUUUGUUAAAAAAAUAUGUGAAAAUAUGAAACAAGGCACAAUGAAAUACAUUUUUUACAACAAUAUUUCAAAAGAAAAUUUGCAAAUGCAAUGAACCAUAAGAUUAUACUUGUUAAUUAUAACGCUGCAAUAGUAAAAACGUAUGAGCGUAAACAAAAAUGAGCAGAUGAAAUUUUCAUUAAUAUAAUUUUGCAUGAAAAUUAAAUUGUUUGUCAUUGAGACCAACAAAACUAUUUACUGUUCUUACUUAAAAUGACUCACCCCGUAUAUUUUAAACUGAUCAAAUCUAGCAAUAUUUUAUAGUAGAUGUGCAAUUACACAUAAUUCUACAGUAAAUGAUAAUAUAAAAAUAAUAAUAAUAAUAUCAAAUGUGUAGUAAUAUAGUAAUAACUAAGCAAUUGCUAAAUGCAUUGCUAAAUCGCAUGCUGAUUGUUAAAUGCAAAUUGCUUUUGCAAAUGUACAACUUCACAAAAUUAAUUACAAUAAUUUCCCAAUCAGAUAAGCUGUUGUUGUUAGAUUAAAAUUAAUAUCUAAUAUCAAACAUAAAAUAAAUUAACUCAAUCUUUUUUUUAUUAAACAGAACAUCAUUUUAUAUGAUAAAAAUAUUUUUUAUACAAUGCAUUUUCAAACAUAUUUGAAUGUUAACAAAACACUUAAACUAAAUAUACUGUAAGAUCCUAUUUUAUAUGCUGUUGACUCUCCUUCAAGGGGUUUUUUUUAUUUAUGUGUGCGUUUUCAUCGAAUUAAUUGCAUAAGUUCUAUAAUGGCUUAAUUAUUAAUAGAAAUAUGCAAUGAGCAAUAUUUCAAGGAGUGUUUAAAUUACUUCUAUAGUUUGUUAUCAUGCACUACAAGGUAUGACAUUUCACAUCAAUAAAAACUUUUUUAUUUAUUUAUUUAUGUUUUAUUCUUAAAAGAAAAAAGAAAAAAACGUAGAAAUAUAUGUAUCUAUAAGUAUGAUAGCGAACUGUAUUUUAUUGAUAGAGUAAAUCAGCAAUCUCAUUAUUAGAGAAAUAUUAUAUUAUGACCAAUAUUCAUUAAGACAUUUGCAUAUGUACAAUAUAUUUUUAAUUGAUCUAUUGUUUCGUUUAUAUUUUUAUAAAAUUAUAGUACUUCUAUUUUAUGUUAUGCUUUUAACAAUUAAUAGUAUUUGUAUAAUUUUAAUUUCUAAAUGCUUGUGAAAAUAAGCAAAACAUAUGUAGUCUUCGAAUAUUAGGAAAACAUUAUAUUAGGUAAUAAUAAUUUUUAUACACUGAAAUCAAAUAAUACAAUACAGUAUCAAAUAUAAAAUCAAUACAAGUAGUAUUUAAUUUGUACAUAGUGGCAUUAUAAAUAGUGUUUUAGCGACGAUUUUCAAAUUUGCCUUUGUAUCUUAAUGUAAUUUAUUAAAGGAAAAUAUGUAUAAAAUUAUAAAUUAUAUAUAUAUUAUAUAUAAUUAUAUUAACAUAUUUUGUUAAACUUUAUAAAAUUUUUGAUCUAAUUUAUUCUUUUUUCCUUUUUUUUUUAAUGUAUAUGAUUUGUAAAACAGAUGUAUAUCUCUUGCAUUUAUUCUUGUAAAGAUGUCCCUACAUUUGAAAUAUAGGAAAUGGAUAUAUAGGGUGUCUCAGGAGAAAUCCAUACAACUUUAUUAAUAUGUUUAGUAGGUUAUUCUGAAUCAAGAUGAUCGUAUAAAGUUUUCAUACAGAUUUUCAUCUAUUAUUGAUUUAUUUAAAAAGAAAAAUUCUGCACAUUUUUAAUGCAUUUCUUGGCUUGGUUCACUUUUAUAUUCUACAGCUGAUGUUCAGCAUUAAUUGUACAUAGCUUGUAAUGUACAUAGCUACUGUAUCUGCAAUAUUUCAUUUUUAAUACUGUUAUUUACAUUGGAUAUAUAUUGUAUCGGUUGUCUGAAAUUGUGAUUUCAUGUAAUCGCAAAGGGACAAAUCCAGUGGACUUAAAUUAGGUGAUUGGGGUGGCUAUAAGAUUGGUUCAUAUUAUCCUAUCCAUCUUUCAAGGAAAUGCAUAUUUACAUAAAUAUAAAAUCUAGAGACAGAGUGAACUCACUAGUCACCAACAGUUACGAUCUUAUACUGAUACUUGAUAUACACAGUAAACAAAAUUGACAUUAAAACAGAGCUAAGAAUUCCUAAGAUGUAUGAUCUUUUUAAAUUACAAAUUAACAUGCUGAUAAAGUUAAAUUUUCUUCUGGUGCACCUUGUAUACUAUCUAUUUUAAAUAAAUGAAAAGAAUUUCCUUACAUACGUUUGUUGUUAAUAUAUUUUUAUACAUAUAAAAUUUGUAAAUAGUUAUUACUAUACUUUAAUGACUUAAAAUUGUAGUUUUGUCUAUAUAUGUUUCAAUAGUUUUUAAUAUUUAAACAUUUAAUAAGGUUGCUAAGAUUAUAAUUAUAAAAUAUUCUUAUGUGGAUAUAAAUAAGACUGCUCUCUUAAUAAAAUUUUAUUUAUGCCCUA